CUUGGCGUUUCAGAAACAUAAAUAAUUGGAGUCACAGUUUACUAAAAGAGUAAUAAAAAUGACGUCCCAGGAACUACAGAGACACAACCAGACAGUACUUGACACCUUGGAAGAAGGUGACUUGUUGGAGUUUGAUCGAGGACUGUACAGUCACUGGGCUGUGUACGUUGGUAAGUGUAGUAUAACAAAAAUAUUGAUGCAAACGCUUGUGUUUAUCUCUUGUUGCAUGUUGAAUACUGUGUUAAUAAUAUUCGAGGAAUAUGACAGUGGUAACAUGGAAGUGGUUCACUUGUCUGGAGACGAUGGUCAAAUGGGAAGUAACCUGGGUCACUCAUGCUCAAUAAGUGGAGUAGAGUCUGAUAAAGGAAUCAUUCGCAAAGAUAGGUUUUGGGACGUUGUUGGAGACAGCAAAUGUUGUUCUGUUGUUUCCAGACACUUGGAACCAUCUAAGAUAGUAAAAAGAGCAUUAUCCAAACCUGGAGAAGUUGGAUAUAACCUGCUCUUGAAGAACUGUGAACACUUCGCUUCAUGGUGCCGGUACGAUAAAGAAGAAAGUGAUCAGGCUGAUGGUCUGUUCACUGCACUAGCGGUUGGAGGGGCCGCUGUGGUGGUGGCGGGAUUGGCUGUCUGGUUUGGAAGGGAUGGAAAGAAAGAAAGAGAAAAGCAGUCAGAAUAUUGAUGUGAUAAAUUUCCACCAUAACACAGUUGCGAGUGAAACAGAAUACAUCGAUCAUGGAUUGAUCUGACGAAUGCACCAUAUCUGACAACAGAGAGGUUUUCUGGAUUCCAUAACGUUCCUCACCAACUCGUACCAUUCCGUGACAAGCCUAAUAUUCAUGCCUGAGUCAUGCUCCUGUUCAUUCAGCC